CAUACGUACAUACAAAUAUACAUUAAAGCAAACACCGAGAAUGACAAAAAGAAUAAAAAAUAACUUAAAUGUGUGAUACGCAAAUCUUAGCUGUAUAGCUACGCAACAAUAGCCAUGGCAACAGAUCGCAACUCGUCUGAUGUUCGUGGCCAGCUAAUAGGUAUUUAAUUAUGUAUUUUGAAUUUUGAAUUAAGUAUUAAUACUUGCACAAGCUCGAUAAGUUUUCAAGUUGCGUGAGAUAGCGUUUCACUUCGAAGAACAAUAAACACAUAGUGGACACAAAAUCGCGAAGGGAUUGCUCUAGACUCACCUGAAUUAUAAAGGAAAUGGUGCACCUCCAGUCAUGUGAUAAUGUCCUCUCUCCACGGAGUGUGACUGAAUAUGCGUUAUUAGGAUGUUUACUACUAACACAUUCGAUGAGCUGUAUCCAAAUAAAGGAUGCUGUGAAUUAUCCGCUUGUGAUGUCAGAUGUGCGCAUGCACUUUGUGAUCCGUGAUAGUCUAAUGGAUACAAAAAUCCAUGCAGCAAUAAAUUGGCAAUAUUUCAAUAAUGACGAGGUUGCGGUAGAUAAUGUAAACAAUGAAGUCCAAAGCAAAACUAUAAUCUACAGUUUUGAAAUGAUAUUGAGGGAAUCAGUAAUGCUACUUGAAAAUAAAAAUUUGACAAUUACUAUGAACAUCAAGCCAGUGGUACGAAAGAUUGCUAUGAUAGCGCAAGCAAUUUCGUCGUCUUCGGCAGAAUCGCAAAAAGUCUCACAAUAUGCUACUCAUCUAUUUCAGGCGGACGGUGUAAAAUAUUUAAAUCGCGAAAUUCUCCUUAAACAAAACAUGAAUAUGCUGCACGACUUUAAGGCAACACAGGAUACCGCUGCAUCCACUAUGACAGCUUCAAUAUUUCAGAAUAAUUUUGAUAGUUGCCAGUCUUGCCAAAUGCGUGAAAAGGCGAAACGCAAAAGCCUGGAAUCAAUAAAAAAUCAAAUCUUAAUGCGUUUGCAAUUGUCUCGUUUGCCCAAUAUAACUAAACCCAUCGCUGUGCCCCAUAUUAUUAUUGAUAAGUUUUACAAAAACUUUAAUGGCGUUCUAGUAGGGAAUAGAAGAAGUGCCACUCUUCGUGAUGUAGGAUGGGAUAAGUAUUCCAACACGCAUUUGAGUGCUCCGAGGCGAAUUGAGAAAGAUGUGCCCUUCUUACCACACCAUACCGAGCAUGCCGCGAAUUUUUUAACACAUCCACGCCAGUUUCCAUAUGGCCAGCAGCAAUAUUAUCAACAUUUAAAUAAUCAACCGAAAUAUAAAACAUUCCACAGACCACAAAACCAACAAUUACACAAUUCCCGCGUAGCUAUUGUAAAGGAUAAUAGGGAUACAUUGCUGGAAUUAACUGAUGUGGAAUACCACCAACACGAUGAUGUACAGAACGAUGAACAUCAACAGUACAGAAAACAGCAACAAAUUUUCAGCAAAAUGCAGCAACAAGAACUGACUAAUUACGCAAAAGGUCACCUGCUUAAUACAGAAGAAAACGGAAGAUUUUAUGGAGCGUCGAACGAUGACACCUACACUACACAUUAUGAACACGUAAAAGACUAUGAUGACGAAUCUUACUCGCAUGUGAAUAGCAUUUACAUUUUUCCGACGACGAGUAAGUAA